AGCUUCAAGAGAAAGAAGAAAGUCGAAAGCUGUUUUAUUGGUAGCACGCUAUUGGCCAAUCAAACGUCAACAGUAUUGCUACAUUUUGCCGCGAACAUAGGAACGGAAUUCGUUGUUCUUAGUGUGUAGUGAGUUUUCCGUUCAGCUAUAAAACCUGCUUUUAUUUAAGACAUGGCUGGAGGAAAAGCUGGUAAAGAUUCCGGGAAAUCUAAGACUAAAGCGAUUUCACGAUCUGCUAGAGCUGGACUGCAAUUCCCAGUGGGUCGUAUACAUAGACAUUUGAAAAGUCGGACUACAAGUCAUGGUCGAGUUGGUGCAACUGCAGCUGUCUAUAGUGCUGCUAUUCUUGAAUACCUAACAGCUGAAGUUUUGGAAUUAGCAGGAAAUGCAAGUAAAGAUUUAAAGGUGAAAAGAAUUACCCCUCGUCAUCUUCAACUAGCUAUACGUGGAGACGAGGAGCUCGAUUCACUUAUAAAAGCCACAAUAGCUGGUGGUGGUGUCAUUCCUCACAUCCAUAAAUCUCUCAUUGGAAAGAAGGGCACUGCACCUAAAACACCAUGAAUUUAUCAGAAGAAUAUCAUCUUUAGGUUCUAUAUCAGUGUUGCCCAUGAACUAUUUUUUGAUAAAUAUACCUUGUUUUCUAUUUCAAGUCAAUAUGAUAAAUGAGACAUUGUAUUUACAUUUUCUGUAAAAGUGAAUAUUUUGGAUUCUCCUUGUUGAAAUUCUUAAUAUUGCUACAAUAAAUUCUACUUAAAAGUA